GCAUCUCGUGGAGAAGAUGGGGCAGGGGAGCGGUGAGAUUUCCACGCGGAGCAACAGGCCAAGGGUUCUGACCCCGUGGCCCAGGCCGGCGGCUCCACCCCUGGAGCGGGCAGGGGGCAGGGGCGGGGCGAGCGCGCGGCCGGGCGGGAAGGCGGAAGGGCCCGACGCCGCGCAGAGCCGGGAGCUGCGGAGCCGCCCGCGCCAUGUCUGCGCACAAUCGGGGCACCGAGCUGGACCUUAGCUGGAUCUCCAAAAUACAAGUGAAUCACCCGGCAGUUCUGAGGCGUGCGGAACAAAUCCAGGCUCGCAGAACUGUGAAAAAGGAGUGGCAGGCCGCUUGGCUCCUGAAAGCUGUUACCUUUAUAGAUCUUACUACACUUUCAGGCGAUGAUACAUCUUCCAACAUUCAAAGGCUCUGUUAUAAAGCCAAAUACCCAAUCCGGGAAGAUCUCUUAAAAGCUUUAAAUAUGCACGAUAAAGGCAUCACUACGGCCGCCGUCUGCGUUUAUCCCGCCCGGGUGUGCGAUGCUGUGAAAGCGCUCCAGGCUGCAGGCUGCGCUAUCCCGGUGGCAUCAGUGGCCACUGGCUUUCCAGCUGGACAGACCCAUUUGAAGACACGAUUGGAAGAGAUCAGAUUGGCUGUGGAAGAUGGAGCUGCAGAAAUCGAUGUGGUAAUUAACAGAAGCUUGGUGCUGACAGGCCGGUGGGAAGCCCUGUAUGAUGAGAUUCGUCAGUUUCGCAAGGCCUGUGGAGAGGCUCAUCUUAAAACUAUAUUAGCAACAGGAGAACUUGGAUCUCUUACUAAUGUCUACAAAGCCAGUAUGAUAGCAAUGAUGGCAGGAUCAGAUUUUAUUAAGACCUCUACUGGAAAAGAAACAGUAAAUGCCACCUUCCCGGUAGCUAUCGUGAUGCUACGGGCCAUUAGAGAUUUCUUCUGGAAAACUGGAAACAAGAUAGGCUUUAAGCCAGCAGGAGGCAUCCGCAGUGCAAAGGAUUCCCUUGCUUGGCUCUCUCUUGUAAAGGAGGAGCUUGGAGAUGAGUGGCUGAAGCCAGAACUCUUUCGAAUAGGUGCCAGUACUCUGCUGUCAGACAUUGAGAGGCAGAUUUACCAUCAUGUGACUGGAAGAUAUGCAGCUUAUCAUGAUCUUCCAAUGUCUUAAAUGAGUCGCCAGUUCCAGAAAAGUUUUUUAUGACAAUGUUUAAAAAUUAUUUUCCUACAUAAUUGCUAAAGUUAUUAAUUAACAAGUAGAACAAUAGGUAACGGGCAUUUCUCUCUGGAAAAUUUCCAUUGAACUUAAAGAAUGGAGCUAAAACCCAAACUUAUCCCCAUUCGCAGGUACUCAUUUCAGGCACAUCUGAAAUGAUCUGAGUUACUUGAAGAUCUGCGCUAUUCACUUUGUGAGGGGCUUCUCCUAAAAACUCUAAGUACAAUGUUAAUGGCAGCUUUGACAACAUCAAAUUCUAAGGGGGAAUAAAGCGGCAUUAAAGUGCCCAAAUAGUGUGCCCUAAGAAAGGAACGUGCAGCAUCCCGCAAAUGCUGCUGUAACGACUUCAGGAGUCACUGAUGCAGCACGGAUUUCUUGCCCUGAAAACUCAUCUUUCAUUUUCUAUGGAUAUGCUCUUUUAUUAAUUGUUUUGCUAAUGCAGUUUCUGGUACUGUUAUAUACAACUAUGAAUAUCAUUAAAAUUUUUUAAAUAAUAAA